AUGGACUUGACCUUGUAUUUCGGAGGCUCGUGUGUGGAGAAUCCUGGUGUGGGCGGCUGCGGCGCAGUUUGCUAUGGGCCGCAGAAGGAAGUCCUGUGGGAAGAGUCGAGACGCCUAGGCAGGACUGCCAGCAACCGCGCAGAGUUGCAUGGACUCAUUCUCGGGCUCCGACGCCUAGUCAAGGACAAGACCGACUGUCAGCACUUGGAAGUCAUGGGCGACUCACAGCUGAUCCUGCAAUUCAUGCAAGGGCGGAGGAAGGUCGAAGAUCCCUUUUUGCGGGUCAUGGUCAGCAUCGCCAGAGGUUUGGCCAGCCAUUUCCCAAGUUUGCUUUUUACCCAGGUUCCGCAUGAGAAGAACCAGGUGGCAAAAUCACUAGCCGAACGGAGGGCAUGCCAGCAAGGAUUGGCUGAGGGUGAAUACUUGGUGUUUUAUCCGAACCUUUGUGGGUCCUCCAGUCUGAUUGCCGACGGCACGCGCAUAAACGCCAUCAAUGACUUCAUGGCUCACACUCCCGAGAUCCUGAUCGAUGCGCGCUUCCUGGCUUCGUUGCCUUCUUUUGGUCAUUCCGCUCUGACUUCUCUUGGUGAUUGCCAGGCCUCCACAUUGAGUGGCAAAGUGCCGAUGACCAUCCUCGGAUGCCUGAAAUCACCACUUCCCAUCAUUUUCAUGGGACAGGAAGCUCAGAUCCGUGACGUAGUUGUGGUCGAAGAUCUGCCAGCUCCGAUGAAGAUCUCUUCUGACCAUCCUCAGAUUGCUCGGAUCAUGAAAGAGCAGAAGGCAACACUUGUCUUUAACCCAGACACCAAGUUGCGGUCCGACUUGUUCCCAGAGCAGUUCCAAGCGCACAAGUUCUGGGAUCCUUCGGACGUUCAUUUCAUAGCUGCGGGCUACGGCAUCCAGGAAUUUUCACCCUAA